CACCAGCAAAUGUUGACUUCAGCAGUUCUUGGGUGUUGUUGACGCGCACCUGCAAACGCCACAAUGAUCCACGCUGCACUUCUCUGCUCUUUUUUGACAGCUGGCUUUGCGGCUCUUUCUUUUCUUCGGACUUUCAACCAAAAACUGGACUGCAACCAACCGGGUCUUAAUAACUGCAAAAUGAAUAACUGCUCAGUCCCACAUGAGGUGGUACCCAGACAGCUGGCCCCCACCAAGCCUGAGUGGGGCCCAGACUUUUUGGAGCUGGGUCUGGACAAGCAUGGGCCUGUUCCAGUUCUGAAUGUGACAUGGAGGAUACGGUCAGAUGCAAGUAUGUUAACACUCCAGGGGUCCCAGGUGCAGAUUGUGGACCAGGACACAAAGCAAAGUCUGUGUGUGCGCUUGACUUACAGCAUCCACCAGCAGCUCACGCCAAGCUUCAGCAAGUGGACAUUCUGGUUGGAUGGCGUGGUGUUGGAUGCAGGCCACUCCUAUCUGCUGUCAGCUUUUAACUUGCCACAACCCCACCUUGGAGAGUACAGGAUCACAAAGCACAUCACCAUCCCAGGAUGUGACGACAAGACGAUCCAAAAGACCCAGAUGUGUUUGGAAAAUGGUAGCAUGUGGCACCCUGCAGUCACCGCUGCUGUGAUGCUGGGGGGACACCUGCCCGCCAUUGUGGUGGGCUUUGAAGCCGACAACUAUUGUGACCUCUACCAAGUGUCUAUUGAAAGUCAGAGCUUCCAUUUAACCAAGAAUGUUUCCAAGGCCAACAACACUUCUCUGAAUGUGGCGUUUGCCUUGGAUGUGUCGCAGCUCUUAAAGUGCCAGAUGACAAUAACGGUAAAACCAUUUUUCCUAAGAUGCCAGAGGGAGUCUUGCCGUGCAGAGCAGAGGACUAUCAACCACUGCUUGUAUUAUCCACGGCGGACUGUCAUGAUUAAAAGCACACUUGUGUUGGUCAUUGUUGGCGUUUGCUUUGCCUGCCUGCUGUGGAGAGUCUCUUCCAAAGCUCCUGUCACUGUGCCGUCGUCUGCGGCGGAUGAACAUCCAGAAAGCUUUCACGCGCCGGGAAGACGACAAGUCCUCAUCAUCUACUCCCUCGACCACCCUCUGUACCAAAACAUCGUCCUCAAGCUUUGCGCUUUCCUGACGGCCAAAUGCGGCAUCCAGGUGGUCCUGGACCAGCUGGACUCCACCAGACUGGGAAUACUGGGCCAUGUUCAGUGGCUGGACCGGCAGAGGGAACAAAUGGAAAGCUCCUCAGCCAAGAUCCUGGUCCUGUGCUCGGCAGGAGUCCAAGCCAAAUGGAGAGCCAUGUGUGGGGAGAAGCCGGUGCUCCUGAAGUCCGACCAGCGCUCUCCCUCAGGUGACAUGCUUACUCCAGCUCUCAGCCUCAUCGUUCCCCGUCUGGUACGCAGUGCUUCCCUGGAGAAGUACAUUGUAGCUUACUUCGAAGACAUUUCCUCUCCUGAGGACAUUCCCUCGCCUUUCAACGUCACGGUUCGAUACAAGCUUAUGAAGCAAUUUGAGGAGCUCUUCUUCCGAAUCCUGGACGCCGAGAAGCACGGCCCGGGUCGAGUUUGUCACAUUCAAGGUCUGUCGGAGGAACAGUAUCACCGUUGCCCCUUUGGUGGAGCUCUGCAGGAGGCUAUUGAAGCUUUCAGGGACUACCAGCUGGAUCACCCACACUGGUUUGAAGAAGAAUGGGUGGAUGACUGAGGAGAAACCACUCCUGUCAAGUCAGUGCAGCAUGCAUCGUCAGAGGUGGCUAGUACAUUUACUCCGUUACAUUUACUUCAGUAACUUUUGGGAUAAAUUGUACUUCUAAGAGUAGUUUUAAUGCAACAUACUUUUACUUUUACUUCAGUAUAUUUAUAGAGAAGAAACGCUACUUUUACUCCGCUCCAUUUAUCUACAUUCAGUCCCUACUCGCUACUGAUUUUUAUCGAUCUGUUAAUGCACGCUUUGUUUGUUUCGUUUUGUCAGACAGACCUUCAAAGUAGGAUCUAUCACAUGCCUGCGUUUCACCAAUCAAAUGCAGUCACUGGGGACCUUUGACUCCGUUUUACCAAUCAAACAGAGCCAGGCGGUCACAUGAUUAACUGCACACUUUUGUUUAAAUACAUUUUUAUUUAAAAAUUUCCACAUUUACAAACAGUUGAAAAUAAUAAUCAAAAGUAGGAAAAAAAAGUAAAAAACAGCGCCAGGGGGUUGUAAAUUUAAAGUAACUAAAAUAGAAUCCAAAAAACAAAUAUAUAAAUAUAUAUAAAAUAAACAAAGUGCAAAGCCAUAGGCUCACUCAAUAUCAGUAAAUAACUUAAAUUUGGAAUACAGCAUCAUCGUUUUCACAGCUUUUUGCUUGUUAGAGGUAGUGUUUUAAUGUAGAGUUCUAAAUCUUUUUUAAAGGCACAAAAAACAGGUCGGGUAUUGAGAAACUUACAUUUAUGAAUAUAAAACUUAGUUAAUAGUAUAAUGAGCUUGCAAAGGUAAAAUUCAUUUUCAAUUUUUUUUUCAAUACAGUGUAAUACCAAAUAUAUAUUAUUUAAUAUUUAGUUGCUUAAGAGAUAUUCCUGGCUGUGAAUUUUUUCAUUGCUAUUUGUAUGUUUUUGUGCAUUACAUGUUGCCGUCAUCAUUAAACAAACAGGUUACUCAUCAGUUACUCAGUACUUGAGUAUUUUUUUACAAGAUACUUUUUACUUUUACUCAAGUAAAUAUUUGGGUGACUACUCCUUACUUUUACUUGAGUAAUACAUCUCUAAAGUAACAGUACUCUUACUUGAGUACAAUUUCUGGCAACUCUACCCACAUCUGUGCAUUGUUCUACAAACAGAUCUCACUCUGUAAGAGAAAAUAAAUGCAUUAGAUCAGUGGUUCUCAAACUGUUCUCUUCAAAUAACACCGUAAUGACCGACUUUUAAAGGCAAUAGUGUAGUAGGCCUAAAUAUUCAUUAAAAAAAGGCAGAGGUUUUAUUUAACAAGUGUAAUAGAUAAAUAAUAAUAAUAAUAAUAAUAAUAAUAAUAAUAAAAAUGGGACGGCGUGGCGCAGUGGGAGAGUGGCCGUGCGCAACCGAGGGUCCCUGGUUCAAAUCCCACCUAGUACCAACCUCGUCACGUCCGUUGUGUCCUGAGCAAGACACUUCACCCUUGCUCCUGAUGGGUGCUGGUUGGCGCCUUGCAUGGCAGCUCCCUCCAUCAGUGUGUGAAUGUGUGUGUGAAUGGGUAAAUGUGGAAGUAGUGUCAAAGCGCUUUGAGUACCUUGAAGAUAGAAAAGCGCUAUACAAGUACAACCCAUUUAUCAUUUAAUAUGUUUGGCCACUGCAACAUUAUACUCAGUUUGAACAGUAACACUGUGUUGGAAUACAGUAUAAGGAAGUAAAACACUGACUCUUUGUAGUACCACUAGGUAGACCAGCACCGUUUGAGAAUCCCUGCAUUAGAAUAAUAUCAUCACCCCAGCACAGUCCUCCCUCAUGUAUCGCUGUUCCUUGGAUUUAGACACGACUGCUUGAUUGAUUGAUUGAUUGAAACUUUUAUUAGUAGAUUGCACAGUACAGUACAUAUUUCGUACAAUUGACCACUAAAUGGUUACACCCCAAUAAGUUUUUCAACUUGUUUAAGUCAGGGUCCACGUAAAUCAAUUCAUGGUAUAAAUUCAUUCAUACUUUUACGCAAAAUAUUUCAUUGUAAUCUAAAUAUUGUCAUAACUAGAGCAUAAAACUGUUCCCAACUUUAUAAAUAAGUUUUUCAACUGAUGAGAGUUCUCUAAACCCUUUAGUCACAUUUAAACUCUCAAUACAAUAUAAUAAGAGGCUGAGCCAAUCAGUGGUCACGAUACUGAUUGGUUUGGCCAAUACUACUUGAGUAUUGAUAUCUUCAAUUUGUUCAGCCAUACUUUCUUGUACUUGGAAAUACUUCAUUUAGGACCUUUCAAAAGAAAAUGUGGUGAAAGUGAAUGUUUGAGGCGAGGGAAGGUGUAUGUUUAGGUGUACUGUGCCAUAGUUAGCAGAUACCUUUUUAUGGCAAAACACGUCAUUAUGGAGUUCUUUAUUGGCAAAUAAAACGUAUAACUGUGGAAUAAUGUUUUUUUUGUCAAAAUAAAAUGUUGAAUGACUGUACUUUUUAUUCGUAA